AUGGUAAUGCUACAGUAUGCCUCAGUCGCAUUCCCUAUGCUACCGUAUAUUCAGAUUGACUACGCGCAUUAUUUUCGCUUAGCACAAUGUCAAGCUAUGUGUACACAAAAGGUUGGAUAG